CAAGGACCGACUCCACAGGCAGCUAUGCGAUAAUUCAUCUGCACGAGCGCCAUCGCCAUCGCCAUCGCCAUCGCCGUCGCUAUGAAUCACGAACUCACCUUGACUAUUUCUCCGUCACAUUUCUCCAAAGACACGCCAGCCCUCGGGAAGAAUGGCGGUGGAAGCGUUGCAGUACUCCCACCCGUGGGCAAGACUUCGGUGGAACGCAUCAAUCUCGAGCCUAUCUACGCGCAACUCAAGGCAGCGUUGGGUGAGUCAUGGAACGAUUACAAGACGGCCCUCAGUACGUUCGUCCAAGGCGGCCUCAAUCAGGCAGAGCUAUCAUGGGUUCUUCAGCCACUCCUCACUCCGGUGCCGAUCAUGAUCCCAGGCGCGGACCCGGCCAAAGCCCCUGCGUCGACUCUACAUCUUCACAACCAGCUGCUGAUGUCCAUGUACUCAAAUACCUUGCGCGACCCGCCCGCGACAGAUGUUGCGCCCUGGGUCGUUGCAACCGACAAACCGUCCAGUACUGCUAAGAACACUGGUGCGGGUGGUGGUGCAAAUGACAAGGCGGAGGAGAGGCUGAAGAGGGAAAUUAUGAACUUCCAUCCACGGGACAGACAGAGGAUCAAAGCAUUGAAAGAAGAAGGCCCGCGGUCGCCUCGGCAGAAUGUAUUGCGGCAGAUGAUAGAAUAUGGGGACGAGCUAGCUGCAAAACCGCCUGGCACUGGGAGCGGGCAGAACGAUGCGCAGGCUGCGACACCUGGUUUGGCGAGGAACAACUUCGACAUCGAAAUUCAACGACGAUACGCGCAGCCCCUUGCGAGCGAGCAGCUGGAAUUCCCGAGCCACAACGACCUGCAAAGUAAAAUUGAGCCUAUAUCUUACGAGCGGGGUCUGACGGGUGGCGUACAGCAAGGUAUGCAACAGUCCUGCUCAGAUCUUCUCGAGCAGGCUACCGAAGUAUUCAUUAAAGAAAUGUUGAGCGGCUUUCUGGCGCAUGCGCGCAGCAAUGCCGUGGGCCGAGAAGGUGUGCAAACUCAUAGAUUCAGGCGUCAGCUUCGAAAGGAGGAAGACGACGCUGAGAGAGGAGUGCUUCAGAGGAACUCGGGCGGCAUGCUACCUGUUGAAAUGCAAAUGCAAGCUUCCCGACAACCACUGACAAUGGCAGAUAUGCGUCUCAGUCUUGGUCUGUCAGAUGGUUACUUGAAGCAAGAUCCUUUUCUACAAGAGCGAAUUCAGUUGAAGCAUUACCCAGUCAUGGUCCCGUCUACUACAUCUGGACCCGAUGCCAAUGGCUUUUCAGGACGUGUCACGAAUGGGGUGAGGGGAUCCGGGGGCGGAGGUCCUAACCAUGGUGAUGCUAUGGACCUUGAUGACUUUGACUACGGCAUUUACAAAGGGGUGGGCAAGAGCGAUCAUGAUAAUAUUAUGGGUGCUUUGGACGAUUGUUUACUGGCGCCUGGCUAGAAUCCAGACUCCGAAGCUGAACAUUCGACGACUGACUACCCGGCGAAUCAUCAUAGGGGAUCUCUAUUGGAGGACUACCGGACUGGGGUGCACUCGGCUCGUGUUGCUGCAAUGGCCGCCGAAGCUGGCCGAAGAAGGAGAGGUGCAGCGUUGCCGCGUUCUGGAAGGAGUACGGCAUAUGAUUCGGCACCGGUUGGAAUGAACCGGCUCAAGCGAUCGAAAGAGAGCCAAAAGUCCACUGCGGAAGGCGGCACCCUCACUGAAGCUAAGGCUACUGAGCCCGCUGGCGUGGCUGUUGUCCCUACGCAGAGUGCGAGAUCUAUUGGUGCGACUAGGACAACAGCCAGAGCUACGAAAGAUGACAUCAACCUUCGAGAUCGCAGUAGAGACAUCCGACCCAGCGCGGAAGCCACUCGCAGUAGGGAGGAAUCCCGAGAACAUGAUCGGCGAGAGGCUCAAACUGCCAUCCGUGAAAGCCGAAGCGGCUUCAGGGCGCGAUAACUUCAAACGGACGGCGCUGUUGGAACGAACGGUUUUACUGUCUGACGAGGAAGACGCCGAUGUGAGUGUCAAGCCUGACAAACCGGUCCGUAGCACCACAGGCUCGCCGACGCCGCAGACGGCGAAGCGAGCACGACCAGCUGACGAUGAUGUUGCGCUGUCAGGGGUUGAUUUACCCGUGGAGGGGAGACUGGGACAACCUACAAAUAGAACUAUUGCUGCCACGGCAGUCGGUCAUGGCAAGCCGAAGAACGAAAAUACAUUGGUGAAUGACGAGCUCAGGAUGUCGAGCAAUAGCUCUGCUGCUCAGAAUGUCUUUGGCGAUUUUGGAAGGUUCAUGCCAAACGAUCCGAGUUUAGAAGGGUCGCUAGAAGCAGCAAAGAAACCAAAAACUGCACUUAUGUUAUGUGGUCUGGACGAAGAUGCACCUCGAGAGUCCGAUACAGAGUUGUUGCCUGAGCAAGAAUUCCCGCGCAAUCCCUACUCUGUGCCUGUUCAACACGCUCCUGACCGCUUAGUCGAUGCGCCAGUUUCUCAGUCUCUCCACGGCAGCUCAGCUAUGGCCAAAGAGUCUCCAGCGGCAAGUGCAAAUCCGACCAUGCUACAGACGGCUGGCAAGAAGCCACGCACAACUUCACCUCCGCUACCAUUCUCACGGACCCCUCAACCUCCCCCUUUGGUGCACUCCCUUGGGGAAGCUGCAACUUCACCCGCAGCAGGUGAUACUGUCUUACCAGAAGUGAUGAACUCACCACAAGUGACGAACUUACCACAAGUGACAAAACUUGGCGACGGGACUAUAGUAUGCCCCCUCCCGGACAGGGGCCUUUCAAGAAUGUGCAUCAAGGUUACUCAUGGUGUCCAUCGGGCGAGGAAUAUGCAAGAUCACAUUCGCAGAGUGCACCCAGAGGACUUUGUCCAUGGAAUGUCGGCAAGUGAGGAUAGCAUCCAGCGUAUGUUCAGCGGCGCCCUUGCCAAUCCUGCCGUGGCGCAAUUGAUCCACCAGCUGGAAACAAAGCAACUGAGUAAGAGAGGCAGUCAUACAGGAGUACAGGAUAGCCAGAACCAGGAUAUCGCGCUGCAAAAGCUUCCAGCGGCAACUCAUGACUGCGUUGAUGAUUUGGUCGUCUCCGGCGUUGGAAGCAGCUACCCAAAUGCAUUGAAAGAUAAUCUCCACAACUCGCAGAAAGGGCUUGAGCAACGAACAGCUGGUCGGGUAGCUCCGCCUUUGAUUCCACAACCACACAUAUCGCCAUCACUCUCGCAGAACAUGGCUCCAAGACGAGAAAGCCCAGCUGGCAGACCCAGUACGGCGUAUCAACCAGCUCCUCCUCUGACCAGAAAAGACAGCCAUUUCAGCAGGCCUCGUGGUGAGCCCGUGCAGCGCGCUCAGCAGCAAAGGAAUUUGUCUUCGCAAUCCCUAGCACAGAUGCCACCUAGCAUGGCGCCGCCCUUAACGCCUCAGCAAUUCGCGCAGAUGCAGAGCAUGAUGCUGCCUAAUCCAUAUACAUCCGAAUCGGUGCCGCCGCCUGCUUUGAUGACCAACAGUGGAGCAUGGUAUCACAGCUUUCCGCUCGGCCAUGCCGGCCAGGCUCAGAUACCACAGCAGAGGCCGCACUGGAACCCGGUUCGUGUCAUGGACGGCCAUCAGCCGGACUGCAGAUGCGAGGAAUGCACAUCAGGCAUUGCUUCGUAUCCUUAGAAUGGCGUCGGCGAUCACAAGCCUUGUGCAUGGCCAUGGCGCCUUGGUUGGGCUCGCAACAGCACCACAUUGAUGCAUGGACUGAAGAGCAGGCAUUGACGGGGAGCGAUGUGAAGCCCGGUCGACCACACUGCCGACGCAAAUGGGAUAGCGGUAGGUAGAGUUCUAGUGUUCGUCAGACUUACGAUUUUCC